CAUGUUUGACAUUAUUACAUAAUUUUUUUGCUAACCUAAAAAUAUGUUUUAUCAAAUGACUUGAUCGGCGAUUUUGAGUUCUUUUUUAUGAUUAUUUUUUAUAAAACUUGGCUAAAUCUCGAUUGUGUACUAUCGCGCUGUAUAUCCGUAAAGGAUUUUUUGCGUACAUUUAGCGAUGAUGUCUUUACGCUAAAGUGAUUCUUUCGAAAUGGACACCGACCCGAAUAACACUACGGCGGGUCGCGAGACAGGCCGCUGCAUGUCGGUGGCGGCCAUGCAGGCGCUGCACCGGCUGCGCGAGUGCCGCCUGCUGUGCGACGCGGUGGUGCGCGUGGACGACGGUGCAGCCUUCCCCGUGCACCGCGCCAUACUGUCCGCUUGCAGCCCCUACUUCCUGGCUUUGUUCACAACCACCUUGCAUUCACGGGAGCAGAGUGACGUAGUGAUAUCUGGCGUCCGAUCCGAGAUCCUCUUACUUCUGAUCGAGUACGCGUAUCUGCGCCGCAUCGAAGUGACCGACACCAAUGUUCACGAGCUCCUGAUGACGGCCGACUAUUUGGCGUUUCUUGGAGUGUUACAGCUGUGUUGUGACCAUCUUCGCUCCUCCCUCAACCCUAAAAAUUGCCUCGGCAUCAUGAUGUUCGCCAGCCAAAUUUUCAGACGCAUUUUCUGCUACAAGCUCGAAGCUGAUGCGCGGCGGUAUCUGCUGAGGUACUUCGUGACGGUCGCCACCGAGAGCGAAGAGUUCCUGCAUCUGCCACUAGAAGAACUGAACUCGAUCAUUUUGGAGGAUGAACUGAACGUGAAGAGUGAGGAGGCGGUCUGGGAGGCGGUACUGCGCUGGGUGAACCACGAGCCUGACACGCGCUGGGAGAGCACCGUCAAACUGAUGGGCAGCAUCCGCCUCGGAUUGUUGGAUACUCAGUUCUUCCUAGAAAACGUCAAAGAUCAUCCAUACGUCACUGGCAACGAGGGUUCCAGGCCAAUUAUUAUUGAGACGCUAAAAUUCCUGUACGACUUGGAGAUGAUUGCCCAAAGAGACGGUGAGGUGGCGACGCCAGAAAUUGCACGGCCGAGAGUGCCACAUGAGGUGCUAUUUGCAAUCGGUGGAUGGAGCGGUGGUUCACCGACGGCUUUCAUUGAAACCUAUGACACUCGAGCUGAUAGGUGGAUAAAGGUGGAAGAAGUGGACCCGGCCGGACCGCGCGCGUACCACGGCACGGCUGUACUGGGGAACUGUAUUUAUGUCAUCGGGGGAUUUGAUGGGAUGGACUACUUCAACUCUUGCAGAUGUUUUGAUGCUGUAACGAAGAAUUGGCGCGAGGUAGCACCCAUGAACGCCCGCCGUUGCUACGUGUCAGUGGCAGUGCUCGGGGAGACGAUCUAUGCCAUGGGAGGGUACGACGGACACCACCGACAGAACACCGCCGAGAGGUUCAACCACCGCACCAACCAGUGGUCGCUGGUCGCCCCCAUGAACGCUCAAAGAUCCGAUGCCAGUGCUGCUGCUUUGGAUAACAAGAUCUACAUAACGGGGGGCUUCAACGGGCAGGAGUGCAUGAACAGCGUGGAAGUGUACGACCCUGACGCCAACCAGUGGACCAACCUGGCGCCGAUGCGGUCGCGCCGCUCGGGCGUGUCCUGCAUCUCUUACCACAACAAGAUUUACGUAAUAGGCGGAUUCAACGGCAUAUCCCGCAUGUGCAGUGGCGAAGUCUACGACCCCUCGACCAACACCUGGGCGCCAGUGCCAGACAUGUACAACCCUCGGAGCAACUUCGCCAUAGAAGUCAUUGACGACAUGAUCUUCGCUAUCGGCGGCUUCAAUGGCGUCACCACUAUUUACCACGUCGAGUGCUACGAUGAGAAGACUAAUGAAUGGUACGAAGCGACUGACAUGAACAUCUACCGGUCAGCGCUGUCAGCGUGCGUCAUCAUGGGGCUUCCUAACGUGUACGACUACAUACACAAGCACAGGGAACGACUGAUGGAGGAGAAGAGACAGAAGAUACUGCUGUCGGAGACCGCCCGUCACGGAGCUCAGCAUCGCACCACUCUGCCUGAUCUUCCAUGCCCACAGGUCCACCUGAUGGAAGACAACGACAACAUGUUGGAGCAACUGGGCCUCAUAGAGAACCACCAGAACAACGCCGUGCUGGCCCCUCCGCCGCCACCGCCGCCGCUGCCGCCGCCGCCGCCUCAGCGAAUGGACCUCGAAGAGGAUAAUAACUAGGCCCGUCGUGUUGGUACAUUUCUAUCCGGUGAUCGACAAAUAUAAUCAUGAAAGCAAUCAUUGAUUUAUACAGCAAUAUUUACAUAGUUUUGAAUUACGUUUAAAAACAUACAUUUUGAUAGUAAAGUUAAUGAUAAUUUUGAAAUUGUUAUGCUACCGUCCUUUAUUUUUAAUCCAUUUUAGUUUAUUUUAGCGUCUUGCCAUAUUUAUAAUGUAAUAUUUCCAUAAUGUGAGUCAUAUAACUGUAUUUUUGGACUAUUUUUUUAAAAUUGUAUGAAUUUUUCUACCAAGUAUAUAAUUAUUAAGAAACA